CGCACAUGGAAACUCACUUAUGCGGAGAUAAUAAAAAGACUCCAAUCCCCAGCGAGAACAACUACUCUCCCUCUUUUUUCAUCCUCGUCAAACAGGGGGAGUAGUCACAGCUGGAAGGAUAAUGAGAUGCGCAUGAAUUUACAAUCUGGAAUAAGGGAUUAGAUAAACUAAAUGGACCGCACGGUUCGUCUCGGCGAAUCUGAAUGAAGAAUUUCAGCUACUGUUCGUUAGUUGUAAAACGAAGACGCUGCGCCUUUAUUGCGUGUGACGUCCAAAAUCGAAAAACAGAAAAAGAAGGGACCAAACUUCAGGCUUAGCUGUCUCUCUGUGGAUGGAGUUGAAAAGUUUCAUCUUCAGUUGUCUCACAAUGGAAAGACAAGCGCCCUUCGCUGGAAGUGGAGGCUUCCUCUGGUCAGAGUGGAUUACUGACUUUAGAAAAAAGAAGGAGCAAAACGUCAGGAUAUGAAGUUUGUUGCAGCAGCCUGUGGAUUGUUCAGAGACCUUCCCUCCCUCACCUGGCCCAUCUCUUGAACGAUGCAUGCAUUUUCUGAGCUCAGGUGGGUGGGCAGCAUCCUCUCAGCAUCAUUUCUCCUUCACUGAAUCCCACCGUUCAGCGUUUUCUCAAGUCUCAACUGGAAGAAACCCAAUGUCUGCCUCCUCUCCCCCGUCCUUUCCUCGGGCCUUCCUGCACUCGCUCCAUCCGCUCCACCCACCCUCGCCGGGAUCGCCUGGACAGCUCUACCAGCGGCUCUCCAACGGGAGCCACAGCGCCCCAAGUCCUACCAACUCCCGUAGCUCUUUCCAUGGGGUCUCCUUCCUGCUGCAGAUCGGACUGACCCGGGAGACCGUGAACCUGGAGGCCUGUGAUCUCUCACUGUCCGCAGUCAAGGACCUGGUGUGCUCCAUAGUUGAUCAGAAGUUCCCAGAGUGUGGCUUCUUCGGCAUGUAUGACAAGAUCCUGCUGUUCCGCCAUGACUUAAAUGAUGAAAACAUCCUGCAGAGGCUGACCUCAGUAGAAGACAUCCAUGAAGGGGACCUCAUUGAGGUUGUGCUGUCUGCUCAAGCCACAGUUGAGGACUUCCAGAUCCGACCUCAUGCCCUCUACGUGCACUCCUACAAGGCCCCCACCUUCUGCGACUACUGCGGGGAGAUGCUGUGGGGUCUCGUCCGCCAGGGGCUCAAAUGUGAAGGAUGUGGGCUGAACUAUCAUAAGCGUUGUGCGUUCAAGAUCCCUAAUAACUGUACCGGCGUGAGGAAAAGGCGGUUGUCCAACGUUUCACUGCCAGGACCAUCUCUAUCUGUGCCGAGAGCAUUACCUGCUGAAAAUACGGUGGUGGUUCCUGAUGAGCAACAGCGGUCACAUCAGGAGGCAGGGAAGCGCAUCCUGUCCUGGAGCGGCAGGCCUAUCUGGAUGGAUAAGAUGGAGAAGACGCGGGUCAAGGUGCCGCACACCUUCGCCAUCCACACUUACACUCGGCCAACCAUCUGCCAGUACUGCAAACGGCUACUCAAGGGUCUCUUUCGCCAGGGAAUGCAGUGUAAAGACUGCAGAUUUAACUGCCAUAAGCGGUGUGCAUCAAAGGUACCAAGAGACUGUUUAGGGGAAGUGGACUUCAAUGGUGAGCCCGCCAGCCCUGGGCCCGAUUCUGAUACCACCAUGGAUAUGAUGGAGGUGGACAGUAGUGAUAUGGACGGUGGACGAAGUCUGGACGACCCAGAUGAACCAUCCACUCCAGACGGGAUGUUCAACAUGGACUCUCCCUUCACUGACAGAGAGAAAGAUGAAGAGCCUAUCAAGACUAUAAGUCCUUCAACCAGCAGCAACAUCCCACUGAUGCGGGUGGUCCAAUCUAUCAAGCACACCAAGAGACGGAGCUCCACUGUGGUGAAGGAGGGCUGGAUGGUUCAUUAUACAAGCAGGGAUAACCUGCGGAAGAGACAUUACUGGAGACUGGACAGCAAGAGUUUGAGUCUUUUCCAGAAUGACACCGGAGCUAAGUUUUAUAAAGAGAUCCCUCUGUCUGAGAUUCUCCAGGUGGAACCUUUCAGAGACUACAGUAAUCUGGCGCAGGGCAGCAACCCUCACUGCUUUGAGAUCAUCACAGCCACCAUGGUCUACUAUGUGGGGGAGAACAACAGCAGCCACUAUCACAGCCCUGCACUGGCUGCUUCUGGAGUGGGUGUGGAGGUGGCCCAGGGCUGGGAGAAGGCCAUCAGACAGGCCCUGAUGCCCGUCACGCCCCAGCCGAGUGUGGCCAGUGCAGCCGGUCAGGGGAGAGAUCACAAAGAGCUGUCCAUCAGCAUAUCUGUGUCCAACUGCCAGAUCCAGGAGAAUGUGGAUAUUGCCUCGAUAUAUCAAAUAUUCUCUGAUGAGGUGCUGGGAUCAGGCCAGUUUGGCAUCGUGUACGGAGGGAAGCACAGAAAGAGUGGCAGAGACGUAGCCAUCAAGGUUAUAGACAAGAUGAGAUUUCCUACCAAGCAGGAGAGCCAGUUAAGGAAUGAGGUGGCCAUUUUACAGAAUCUGCAUCAUCCAGGUAUUGUUAACCUGGAGUGCAUGUUUGAGACCCCAGAGCGAGUGUUUGUUGUCAUGGAGAAGCUGCACGGAGACAUGUUGGAGAUGAUCCUCUCCAGCGAGAAGAGCAAACUACCAGAACGAAUCACCAAAUUCCUCGUCACGCAGAUCCUGGUGGCCUUGAGGCAUCUGCACUUCAAAAACAUUGUUCACUGUGACUUGAAGCCUGAAAAUGUACUACUGGCCUCCGCAGAGCCUUUUCCACAGGUAAAGCUGUGUGAUUUCGGCUUUGCACGCAUCAUUGGUGAGAAGUCGUUCCGGCGGUCAGUUGUUGGCACCCCGGCUUACCUGGCUCCAGAGGUGCUGCGGAGCAAAGGCUACAACAGAUCCUUAGACAUGUGGUCAGUGGGAGUCAUCAUCUACGUGAGCUUAAGCGGGACCUUCCCUUUUAACGAGGACGAAGACAUUAACGAUCAGAUCCAGAACGCCGCCUUCAUGUACCCCCCGACACCCUGGAAGGACAUCUCUGCUGAGGCCACAGACCUGAUCAACAAUCUUCUCCAAGUCAAAAUGAGGAAGAGGUACAGCGUGGACAAGUGUCUGAGCCAUCCCUGGUUACAGGAUUACCAAACAUGGCUGGACCUCAGGGACUUCGAAACGCGGCGAGGUGAGCGCUACAUCACCCACGAGAGUGACGACGCGCGCUGGGAGGAGUACGCAGACGAGCACAACCUCCCGUACCCCAAGCACUUCAUCAUGGCUCCCAACCUGGAUGACAUGGAUGAGGACCCCUAGUGGUGAAUGAGCUUUACUGCAUUGUGUAUCCACAUGAAGGAAAGAAGACUUUUUGGAAGCAAAAAAAAAAAAAAGCUUUUGGAGUGGCAGGUUUUCCCUCCAGAACUGUUUGUUGUGGAAACAGAGCAAAGCUGACCGAGUGGAUGGCUUCACAUCAGGAGCUUUUAGAUUGGGAAAAACCCAAGUUACUUUGUAGCACGAUGAGGAGGCUAAGAUGCGUAUCACAGAAGCGCAUUAAAUGACUGUCAGCAAAGAGGACUGUCCUCUCUUCCUUAUUGUAAAAUUUGUCAAACAUUCCCCGGAUUUGCCUGAUUUUGGUUGCUUUCUUCAAGACAAACUCAAGCCCAAAAUUCAACCUGAUAUGUAAUAGGGCUAACGAAUCUUCAUUAUGGACAGCGGUCUUGAUGUAAGAGAGGAGAUGACCAAAAGCCUUACAUCAGGAGUAAAAGGCACCUUUCACAAGGGAGUAACAGUCUGAGAAUGAGCUCUCUCCAGAGCUGUUUGUCCUUCGGCAUGAACUGGAACCAUGACCUGCAUACGUUUGUUCUGUCAUGUAUUUUACUAAUUAUUGUAGGUUAUUGCACUAUUCAACUAUGAAGAAUAGCAACUGAAUAGAAACACUAUUCGCUGCUAGAGAAAGCAAACGUUUUUUGUUUUUUUUACAUUUCCAGUGUGUGCAUAGUGUCGAAGCAAUCAGCGGAAAGUCUUUGCAGCUCACAUGGAAUUAGCUGCAGGUAUUAUCAGUGUUUUCAGGUCUAACAGUGGCAGCUAAUAGUGUGAAAGCGUGAUCAACCUUCCCCUGCAGAAAAAAAGGUCUGAAAAUUGGUUACAAAUGUCGUUCCAAACUGUUUUAUUUAUUCAACAUUGUGAAUUUCUUUGUGCAAACCGGAAACCACAAAGAUGAGUUUAAGACAAGCUCCCAUGUUUCUGCAUCCUCUUUCUCUCCUUUUUGAACUUUUUUUUUUUUUUUUUGCAAAUUCUGGAAAAGACUUUUUGCUGCUCAGCAGGCAUCUGUAGAUAUCUGAAUAAAGUUUCCAGAGGCCUAAUUUAUUAUCCUCUCUGGAGCCUUUCUACAAUGUGUUUCGCAAAAUUCUAAAAAUUCCACAGAAUAGAAAUAAAACUGGGUAUAAUCAGAGCUAAAUUCAGGAAUUUAUACCCUGGUUUUGUACUUUUUGCUCUGUUUGAGUGGUUUGGGAGAAUGUUCCAGUUUCUCUUUGUCAUUUUCCAUUUUUUCUUUUUUUUGUUGCCACUGGAUUGGCAGGUGUCUGUGUUUUGUAUAUUUCAGUACUUACCUGAUGAAAUAAAACAAACAAUAAAAUCACUUUGUUCUUAAUUAAA